AUGCUUGUGGAAGUUUUUGUGACUGCAUCCGUGGGAAAUGGUUUGUUAGAGAAGGUGGGGCUGGCAGGAUACAUAUUGAGAGUUCGACCGAUUAAAAAGCUAAAUCUUACAAAUUCAAAGAGGCUAUGUAGCCAUGUGUCGUUCAAGAGAUAUCAAGUUCCAGCGGAAAAUCUGAAGUUUCUGGCAUUACAAGAAUUGAUUAAACAAUCUCAGGAUAGCGAUCUCGAUUCCAAAAUUAAUGGCCAAUUUCAAUCUCCAUUCCUAUUCUUAUUUACCAAUUAUUGCCAUUCUUCUACUUCCACACAUGAAGAUGCACGCUUCUUGACAAAUAACUUCAAAUCUGCUUCUUUUACCCGCCUUCAUGAUGCCAUUGCUUCCUUUAAUCAUGUAAUUCAUAUGAAUCCUCUGCCUUCUAGGGUUCAUUUUAAUAGAUUCUUAUCUGCCCUUGUGAAAAUGAAACAAUAUCACACUGUCCUUUCCAUGUCCAAAACAAUUGAAUUGCUAGGAAUGUCACACAAUCUUUAUUCUCUUAGCAUCUUAAUUAAUUGCUUCUGCCAUUUACACCUUGUGGAUUUUGGCUUCUCUGUUUUUGGUAAGAUGCUCAAACUGGGAUUGGAGCCUGACGUUGUGACAUUUACUACCUUAAUUAAUGGGCUUUGUAUAGAGAGUAAAAUCGACAAAGCAGUGGAAUUUUUCGAUGAUAUGGUUGCACGUGGUUAUCAACCUGAUGUUUAUACUUACAAUACGAUAAUAAACGGAAACUGUAAAUUUGGGAAAACAAACGUAGCUAUUGGGCUGCUAAAGGGAAUGGCUGAUAGAGGUUGUGACCCAGAUGUUGUGACAUACGGAGCAAUCAUUGACGGCCUUUGCAAGGAUGAGCUAGUUGGUGAGGCUUUAGAGCUCUUCUCUCAAAUGAGGAAUAAGGGCAUUUCACCUAAUGUCAUCACUUACACUAGUUUAAUUCAUGGUGUUUGCAAAUUAGGCCAAAAGAACCAAGCUUUGGCCUUGAUGAAUGAAAUGGUGGAGCAGAACAUAUUACCAAAUGUUUAUACCUUCAAUGUAUUGAUUGAUGCUCUUUGUAAGGAUGGAAUGGUUUCAGAGGCUGAAAAUACAUUCAAUGUAAUGAUUCAAAGAGGUGUAGAGCCUGAUGUGAUCACUUAUAAUUCAUUGAUGGAUGGAUAUUGUCUGUGCAAGCAAAUUGAUAAGGCUAGAAAGGUAUUUGAUCUGAUGGUGACCAAUGAAAUAGCUAACAUUUUUAGCUACACCAUUUUGAUCAAUGGAUAUUGUAAGUGCAAAAUGAUAGAUGAUGCAAAGGAACUUUUUGAUGAAAUGUCUCAUAAAGGUUUAGUUCCUAAUGUUGUUACUUAUUCUACUCUUAUAGAGGGUAUGUUUCAAGCAGGGAGGCCCCAAACUGCACAGGAUCUCUUUAAGAAUAUGUGCUCUCAUGGUCAACAGCCAAAUAUAGUAACCUUCUCAAUUAUGAUUAAUGGCUUGUGUAGACAGGGGAAUCUGGAUGAAGCACUCACCCUAUUGAAAGAAAUGGAGGAAAGUCAGUUGAAGCCUGAUCUUGUGACCUAUUGCAUUCUGAUCAAUGGUAUGUGCAAAGUUGGGAAGAUUAAUGAUGCCAAGGAACUUUUUUCUAGUCUUUUCGAAAUUAGUUUACAACCUGAUGUUUAUGUAUAUAAUGCAAUUAUGAAAGGACUCUGCCAGCAAGGAUUAAUGGACGAAGCGUAUAAGGUAUUUAGAGACAUGGAAAAGGGAGGAUGUUUACCGAAUAAUUGUUGUUAUAAUAUCAUCAUUCAAGGGUUUCUCAAGCAUGAGUAUUUACCAAAAGCAUCAGAACUAAUCAACGAAAUGGUUGAUAAGGGGUUCUCAGCUGAUGCUGCUACCACAGAAUUGGUAGUACAUUUAUCGCUGAAUAAUGAUCUCAUUCUAAGCAAGCUACGAAAUCGUUCUGAGGCUUCUAAAGGGGUGCAAUGA